GGGCACUUUGCGACAAGUGCGCAUGCUCGGGGUGUCCCAUGCUGGGGACUGUGCACAUGCGCGGCUGGCACGGUUGUCCUCAUUGUGGUCCCGGUCUCUCUCCUGACGGAAUCACCCUAGAGGAUGGCGGAGCAGGUGAAGACUCUGUGCGAGCAGCUGGUGCAGGCUGUGACGGUCAUCAUGGAGCCUGGUUCCUCCCAGGAGCUCAGACUGGAGGCGCUAAAGUUCUGUGAGACCUUCAAGGAGGAGUGCACGGUCUGUGUACCCUGUGGACUGCAGCUGGCAGAGAAGUCACAGCCUCCAGUCAUCAGACAUUUUGGAUUACAGGUUCUGGAGCAUGUUGUCAAGUUUCAGUGGAAUGAUAUGCAGGGUAUGGAGAAGGUGUGUCUGAAGGAGCGCGUCAUGGGUCUCAUUGCAAAUGGCAUUCAUCCAAUCCUGCAGGAAGAGGGGCACAUUAAAGAUGUCCUUGCCAGAAUCGUGGUGGAGAUGAUAAAACGAGAAUGGCCUCAGCAAUGGCCGGACAUGUUGAAUGAGCUGGAAUUUCUCACCAAGAAUGGGGCAGUGCAGACCGAGCUGGUGAUGUUCAUUCUGCUGCGGCUGGCGGAGGACGUGGUCACUUUCAGAAAUCUCCCCACCAUGCGGCGGAAGGAUAUACAAACCACCAUGACCAAGGACAUGGACAAGCUCUUCACCUUCAUGCUCAACAUUCUGGGGGAGUCCGUUCUUCAGUACCAGCAGCUGAAGAGCGACCUUGCUCAGAAAGACAAGUGCCAGGAAAUGUGCCGAGUGGCUUUGGCGGCUCUGAACACGUUGGCUGGCUACAUUGACUGGGUGCAUAUCAGUCACAUCACUGCCCAGGACUGUAAGUUGCUGCAGAUGCUGUGUGCGCUGCUCAGUGAGGAAGAACUGCAGGUGGAGGCAGUGGAGGCUCUGCUCAUUGCCGUCAGCAGGAAGGGGGGAAAGAUCGAGCACCAGACUCCGCUUCUCAUCUUGUUUGGAGACAAUCCCAUGCAUUGCAUCAUGACGGCUGCGCAGAAGGCGCACGGAGAGGGGCUACAAGAAAAGCGCUACGUGUUUCUGAAGAGGCUGUGCCAGGUCCUGUGCGCGAUCAUCAACCAGUUAUGCUCUCUGACUCUGUCUCCGGAAGUCAAAGUGGAGAUCCCCGUGACCUUUGGCAAAUAUUUAAACGUGCUACUAAAUUUUACAGUGCAUCCGAGUCAGUUUCUCAGAUCUUCCACCGUGCAGACGUGGGGGUCUCUCUUCAAAAAUGAGGUGUUGUCGAAGGACCCUGCUCUGAAAGCCAUUGUCCCAGGAUUCAUGAGAGUUUCUAUGAAUAACAUUGCAAAGGUGGGCUUCCCUUCCAGGAAUGAUAGUUCGAGCUGUGAAUAUUCUCGCCUCGACUUUGAUAGCGAUGAGGAUUUCAAUAACUUUUUCAACUCUUAUAAAGCGACACUGAGAGGUGUGAUUAGGGAGGCUUGUCGCAUAGACCCCCACACCAGCUUUCGUAUGGCUGAUGAAUGGCUUCAAUUUCAACUGUGUGCUCCACUGGACCUUGGACUCCAGAAUUCUACGAUUGGCGAGGGAUUGUGCCGAUUCCUGUCUCCAUCCCACAUACAAUGGGAAGCCAUGACUGCUUUCUGUGAGUCUGUGAUCGGCAGUAUCCUCAGAAUACUUCCCAAAGAGGAGCUGCCUGUCUCACGUGGGAUUGAGCUUCUCGAAAGUGUGCUAAGCUACGAGACUAAGGACCCCAUCAUCCUGUCCUGCAUCCUGAACCACCUGUCUACCUUCUUUCCCUUUGUGCACUACAUGAAUGGGUUUAUGCCCACUGUGCUGAACAAGCUGUUCUCAGCCGCCACCUUGGAGCUGGAUAAUAAGGGACCUCGGACGCGUGCUGUGAAGACACUUCGCCAACAUGCCUGCUUCUCCCUUAUCAAGAUUUGCCGAGAUUCUGCCGAGAUGGUUAUGCCACACCUGGACCUUCUGUGUACACGCGCUCUACUGUUACUCCACAGCCAGCAUCUGGCCAUCAUGGAGAAGUGUGCGCUAAUGGAAGCACAAGUGCUACUCAGUAACCACUUCAAAGACUUUGAGAAGCAGCGGGUCUUCCUGGAGCAGCUGCUGUCUCCUGCUGUGUCCACCUUGUUGUCGGAAGAGGUGCAGAGAGCAGUCUCCUCCCCGGAUGAACUAAUUUCUUACAUUGGACGGGAAGUCCUGAGAGGUACCCAGGAAGAGGACGAUCUGUGUCAGAUGAGGCGCUCUCAGUUGAGUUUCUCCUUGCACGUCAUCGAUGCAGUGGUGAGGCGAGUGCGCUGCCCCAGUGACCCUACCGAGGCGAAAUCUGGAGGAUUUGUUGUUGGUUAUACUCCUGCUGGGACUCCCAUCUGCCGUAACCCUUGCAGCGAGCUGGUGCUGAAGUUUAUGGACACCCUCUUGUCCCUGGUCAGGACACAAAACAAUCUGUUCUUGCCAGAUAUCAUGCAGACGAUGGGGGAUCACUACGCCAAAUGUUUGGACAUGCUUGAUGGAUCGAAGAAGAGCAUCUUGGGGAUGAUUCAGCCUCUCCUGGAUACGUAUGAUAUCCCUGUAUAUAAGAGCACACAGGAGAGAUUACAGGCCUUUUUCUGCUCUAUGUCUGACAACUGCUAUCACAUCCUGGGGAACCUUGGGCCAUCAUUUCUGCUGGAUUUCUAUUCUAUUCCUGAUUUGGAGACCCUCCUGUUUAACUCAAUCUUCUGCAACCUGAACAAUGUGCCUGACUUCCGCCUGAAAGCCCUGUUACGUUCAUUUGUAAAGCCGUUUGUCCUCUCUUGUCCACCUGAGAAGUACGAAAUGCUCUUGUGCCCGAUUUUGGGGCCUCUCCUGAAUUUCCUACACCAGAGACUGUCACAGAAGUGGAGCGGGGACGAUUACACAGAGCUCAGUACAGAAACUACGGAGAUACUGGAGAUUGAACUGGUGCGACUGCUGACCAGAGAGCUGGUGGAUUUAAUAAUUGUUUGCUGCAUAGAAAAGAAGAAAGUAGAUCACAGCACAUCAAAUGCAGGAGUGGAUGGUAUGAAUAGCGCAGCACAGAACGAUGAGGAUGAAGAGAUGAUGGUCCUGGAUGCUACCUCAGUCGGCUCAUUGGAGUUAUCCGAACUUGGAAAGUUUCUUAUGUCAAAUGAGGUGGUGUCCACGGCAUUACUGGUUAGUGCCUACAGCUCGCUGACCUGGAAGGAUACCCCUACCUGUCGCAAGGUGGUCUUUCAUCUCUGCUGGCCUCUACUGAAACAGGUGAUCUCUCGUCCCCUGCGUGCCGAAGCGGUUGUCGGUUUCUACAGCUAUGUUCUGGGUGGCCUUCAGACACAUGGUCAGAAUGAGGACUGUAAUUCUCACCUGAAUAACCUGGCUUUCCAAAUCUACGAAGCUCUACGUCCACGAUAUCCGGAGCUGCGGACGAUGAUGGAGCAAGUUCCUGAGAUCAAGAGUGGCUCUUUAGAGAUGUUUGACUCGCAACUUCUCACCACCGUUGAUAAACAGCCACAGAAGCGGAAGAUGUUCAAGCGGCUGCUCUCUGGCUGUGUCGGGAAACCUCUAGGGGAGCAGUUUCGGAAAGAAGUUCACAUCCGGAACCUACCCUCUUUGUUCCAGAAAAAAACUAAACCGAAGCCGGACAGUGACCCAAUCCUGGGCAGCUGUGACGAGGCUCUGACAUCCUUGUUUCAGCCGUAAUCGAUAGUCCUGUUAUUCGGAGGGACAUCAGCUCGAGGAAGCGUUAAGGGGGCUCGUGUGACCUCUUGCCUCAAGUUGUUCCUUUUUGUCUGGUGGAUACCGGCUCACUACAAGGAAAAGCAAGCUGGUCUCUGAUCUUCCUACAGCUUCGGUCUCUUCUUCCCCCUAUGGGGUCAAUCAUGAAAUUCACUAUUGAGACAUUCCACACCAGCUGGUGCUGCCAUUAGUAUGGGGAACCAAGUGUUGUCUGCACUGGGACGGAAAAGGUCAAUAACUGCCGUACUUCAUGGUAGAACUGCCAGUGACAUAAGCGUUAGGACAGAUGAUGUCAAUAUUGCUUUUUUUUCUAUACAUUACUUUCUGCACUCAUCCCAGGAGUUUCAGCACAGAGCUGGGGGCCCCGCCGCUGGUUGCUGAAUCCUGAUCGGAAGAACUUAUGGCAUCUUGGAAGGAUCGGUGAAUAACAUACUUCCACCACUUGGCAUACAGCGAAAACCUGGAAAUAAAUUUUAUAACAGGAACACA